UAGUAGAUCAUGUAUAUCAUCUGCUCAUCGCAGUGAAUGCAAGCUCAUACAUGGAAAGUUAGCUCCGCGCGCAACAAACAAAAAGUGAAAAGGAGGCCGGGGUAGUACAUACCAAAACAUGCAGCUGGCUUUGGUGUGCAUGCAGACAUGGAAGCGUGCAACAGAUCGUGCACACAUGACAUGGCAUGGCCGCUGGCGUGGCGGCACACAUGUGUUGUACACUGUUCGUUCAAUUCUCCGAUUGAAAAAAGCGCACGUAACGUCGCAUAUACAUACGACACGACGGGCGACGACGGCGACGGCCGUGCAGAGUGCAGGUGAAGAUGAUGAAGAACUACCCUGGUCCUGCUAGCAGCAGUAGUGUUGCUGUAGAGGUGAAGAAGGGGUCAUGGAGCCCCGAGGAGGACGCCCUGCUGACCAGGCUGGUGGAGCAGCACGGGCCCCACCGCUGGAGCCUCAUCAGCGCCCCAAUCCCUGGCCGCUCCGGCAAGUCCUGCCGACUCCGCUGGUGCAACCAGCUCAGCCCCGACGUGCACCACCGCCCUUUCACGCCGCACGAGGACGCGCUCAUCCUCGCCGCUCACGCCCGCUACGGCAACAAGUGGGCCACCAUCGCGCGCCUCCUUCCCGGCCGCACCGACAACUCCAUCAAGAACCACUGGAACUCCAACCUCCGGAGGUGCAGGCGCCGAGCGGCGGCGGCGGCGGUGGCCUCCCGACCGCAGGUGCAGGACAGCGACGACGCUCCUGCUGCUGCUGCUGCUCAUGAUGAUCAGCCGGCGGCUGUGGUUGCUGCUGGUGGUUUAGGUGGUGGCAACAGCAGCAGCGGUCUGCCGCCUGCAGCAGCAGGGGCCGCAACUGCCGAGGCCGAGCCGUCUCUGUCCCUCAGCCUUGGCCUCCCGCUGCCAGCAGCAGAACCAGCUGAAGCCGCGGCUGACGACGAGAGCCGCAACAGCCAGGGCCAGGCAUCGCCGUUACUGGAGGAAGGAGAAGGAAACGCGCAGCUGUUGGCAGUGGUGCGCCGGAUGGUCAGGGAGGAGGUGCAACGCCAGACGGGACAGCUCGCCUACUCGCUCAUGGCCGCAGCAGCAGCCAGAGCCAAGGGACACCACCGUUAAUCUGUGUGUGAUCCAUUGUGCAUGCUGCUGCUGCUGCUGCUUCUUGGAUUUCCCCUCCUUUCUCCGAUAUGAUCCUCUCUGCCAAGUGUAUUUUGUUUUCCUUCGUUUCUUGUACUACCUUCCCUUCCAUACUUGUUUUCGUUUAUGCAAUUGCGAUUGGACUUCAUGA